GACAGUUCAACCGCCCAUCUCACGUGCAUCUCUACGUCUUGUAUUGAUGUGCACCGAGUAUACCUAUUGGGCGGUUGCGAUUCAGCGUUGCGGAGAAGGAACCAAGUGCUCCAUUAGAGCUGGCUGCGCAUUUUUUCGGUUGCGCAGGCGGUGUCAUAUGAGCGAAACAUACUGUCUUUUUUUUAGCUUCCUAUUUGUGAUCUCUCCAGGUCUUUUGCUGUCGUCAUGCCGUCUUUACGACCGCAGUAGGAUUGUGCGAAUUCGAAGACCUGAGGCUAUAAGAUUUUCAGGCAUUGCAUCUGUGUCGAAGCUUGAUUAUGCGUCUUCUUCCUGGGAGAACACAAGCGGACUGCACCAUCACCUAAAACUUAUGGUCUGGCAGCUUCAACAUCAAGGAGCAGAGGAAAUAGCAGCGCCCUGAUUCGAAACGCAUGUGCUGCACGUGGGCUUAGCCCUGGCUAUUGGGUUCAGGCCUGACUCGUGGUAUGCGAUUUUCAUCCAUCCUUCAAAACCACCAUGCAGCACGCGCACGUAAAGGCCCACAGAUCAGACUUCUGCGUCAUGUAGAGCUAGCUACCUUAUCAUCACUACUUUCGAACACCACGGUGUUGAGUUUCGGCUGUU